AUGUACCUUUAUCAAUCAACAGAAGAAUUAUCUAAAUUUGUUAAUUUGCAAAAACGAUCCCUGGGGGUAAUUGCCGGUGCUGCAAUUGGAAUAAUUGUACUUGUGUUAUUUAUAUUUUCCCUUAUUAUUGCAUAUUGUUGUUCAAGCAAAAGACUUGAUGAACAAGGUGAACGAGCUUUAUAUACUAGUCAAUAUCAAAGAGAAGAAGAAGCACAAAUGCAAGAAAGACAGCAAUCUGCUUUGAUGAAUACUUUUCAAGGUCCAUUAAUAAUAUACAAUAAUGGCGCUGAACAUAAUAUAACUCCUGUUAAUCAAACUGAGAAUCCCGAAGAUUUUGUCCCACCUUAUUCAGCUAAUGCAAAUGACAAUGAUAUGGGAUAUUAUGAUCCAGAAGGGAAAUUUCAUCCUGUUGAUUCAAUGAAACCUCCAUCUAGUCCUCCAGUGGCAUAUGUUAGAUGA